GGGGAUUCGUGCCCACACCGGAUUUCCUGCUCACCUCACCUCGCCGUUCUACUUUGGCCGCGGCCCCGUCUUUCUUUACUUUCUUUCCUUCCUUACUGCUUGGUCCUCCCCGUCCUCCCAUGCGUGUCGCUCUAUUUACCGCUAUCCACCAUGUCUGAUCCGGAGCCUUCUGCUGCUGCUGCUGCUGCUGCUGCUGCUGCAUGUGCCUCUUCGCCACCCCCAGCCCAGCCAUCCGAGUCUGCUGCUCUUAAUUACGCCUUCCUAGUCCACUCUCAGAAAACCCUUACUCAGAACCUUCCUCCACGCGUCGACAAUAAAUUGCUGGCCCGCCAAAAACGGCGUCGGACGAGUCCUGAAGACCACGCGAUCCUCGAGUCCGAGUAUCAACGGAACCCAAAACCAGACAAGACCGCCAGAGCCAGUAUAGUCAGUCGCGUCUCGCUGGGCGAGAAGGAAGUCCAAAUUUGGUUCCAAAACCGCCGUCAGAAUGAUCGCCGGAAAUCGAAGCCACUGCAACCUCAUGAGCUCCUCGCGCCCCGGUCGGACGUGCCUGACGCGUCAAAACCAACUGCGACGGAUGACAACCUACCGAUAGAACCCGGAUCUUCAAGUGGGACGGAGCAUUCGGAAGACAAUUGCCAGGACAGGAAUCCAGACACGCAGCCAUCCGAUAACACGUCUUUUGAAUCUGAAGUAGUGGAGGAUAAGAACGAAUUGGACCCGGCGGGGUUGAGCUCUCAAACGAGCUUGGCCACCGAAGCUGUGGAGGAUUCACAGCAAGCCCCAGACGAAGCCAUUCCGGAUCCAGAACCAGCUCAGACACAUGAUGAACCCCUCGACGAAUCCCACCAGAAUUCCGCCAAGAGGAAGCGAUCGUUCUCUGACAUCCGCGGUAGCCGACCAUUUGUGCAGGGAUCUUCAACACCAGGGAUGUUCCAGGAUAUGAAAUCGCCGCCCUCGUUGCGGAUAUCGCUCUCGUUUGAUGGAGAGGCUAUGGUGCGCAAGGAAGGCGAGCUGACUCCGUCUCCUCCCAAAGGACGGAAUGCCCUGCGGAUCGCCAUGUCCUCUGAUGGAAAAGCCGUGAUCCGCGCCGAUGGCGAGCCGUCCCCGUCCAAAAACCGUAUUUCCAUGUUCUCGGCGCGUAAGCCUAGAUUUGCAGGACUUCGGAGGAGCAACAGUGCCGUGGCCUUUAGUACGCCGCGAGGUGGCACCAUGGAGACUGAAAGAAUGUUCGGGAGAUCCCGAGAUCCUCGCAACUGGGAAUCCUUCUUCGACACUGAUGCGCGGAGUGCGCUGUCGACCCCGACCAGCUCCCAGAGUGCACCGAAUGCUGGCUCCCCCGCCUUCUUUCGUGCACGCGGUCAGCGUUCGCUAACGAGGAGUAUGUCAGCAAGACAUAGUGCCUUGAACUAUUCCGACUAUCUCAACACACCUGUUCCUAAACCGACUGGCGAGAAGAGGCGAAAGAUUUCUCGCACGGUCUCUUCGCUGGGUCGGCUGGAGACUGGCCGGGCGACCCUCGGCGAUAAAUUAUCCAACGCGAAAAUGCUCUCGACAAAAGAGGACGAUCUGGAGCUGCAAUGGGGCGACUCUGAUAAGGAGAACUGGAUACCGGGGACCCGAGUCUCCCACAUGCGCCGACGAGCCACUUCCCAUCAUCACUCCCGGCGUCCCAUCCUCCGGGAGGCCAGCAGCCGGGAUGGGAAAACCAACAGGGAUGUGGCAUCCGCCGGAAGGUACUCACGGGUGUCUCACUCGCACCACCGCGCGAGCGGGGUAAUGGGCAAGGAUGCACCAGAGGUGGACGCCGAGGUAUCCGCCUUCAUGAAUGGCGGGGGAGGUGCCAGCCAGGAAGAAGAUCUGGACUGCAUCCAAGGCUUGUUGUCUCUGAGCCAAGGGGCCUGGAGAUGAGAGCGAGUCCUCCUAGUGCCCGGUUGAUGAUCGACCUUUCCUUUGUCUCUUUCCCCUUCUUCAUUCCCCCUUUGUUUCAUAUCCCUUCUUUCCUUUGUAAAGUUCAAUAUUGGAGGUUCAAGGCCAGCAAGCGGGUGAUUGUGUGUAUGAUUUGUGAGAUGAUUGCUUUACGUUCUCCUCGGUGGGCUGCUCCAGGUCGCUCCAGGCAGUUGCAACCAUGGAUCCUGAUUGAUGACGAAACCCUGUGGCACGCCAUAGAUGAUAUCCCAAUGCUAUUACAGCCGAAUAGCCUAAUACAACAAAACAAUGUGAAGCG